CAGAUAUAUUACAUAUCACGUGAACAAAAUAUUCACGUGAUCAAACUUUGAAAGAAUCUCAUGACUGAUGACUGAAUAAUAUUUCUCUGGUAGGUUUUUUUCAUUGAAAGAGAUCACCAACAUGUGGACUACAGUACUAGUGUUGACAAUAAGUUUGACACUUCAUAUGAGUUAUGGAGCGCCACCUGCAGACGAAAUUAAAUAUAUGCCAGGCCUACACAAGCAGCCAUAUUGGAAACAGUAUUCUGGGUAUUUGAAUGCUACUGGAACAAAACAGUUACAUUACUGGUUUGUACAGUCAGCCAAUAAACCAUCAGAAGAUCCUCUGGUUCUGUGGAUGAAUGGGGGACCCGGAUGCAGUUCUGAUUUAGGUUUACUCUCAGAACAUGGACCUUUUAGGAUUGGUAAAGAUGGAGCUAGUGUAUCAUACAAUCCACACGCCUGGAAUAAUGUAGCUAAUAUGAUGUAUCUGGAGGCUCCAGCUGGAGUAGGAUUCUCUUACUCACAGGAUAAAAACUACACUACAGACGAUGAUCAAGUGGCGCUAGACAAUCACAUGGCAUUGAAAAAUUUCUUCCUAAAGUUUCCAGAAUAUGCCAAAAACAAUUUCUAUAUAACUGGUGAAAGCUAUGGUGGUAUUUAUGUUCCCACACUGUCUGCUAGAGUUGUUGAUGAUACUGCUAUCAACUUUAAAGGCUUUGUUGUAGGAAAUGGAUUAUCUGAUGACGAAAUGAAUUCUGAUUCUCUUGUCUACUUUGCCUAUUAUCAUGGAUUGAUUGGGGACAGUUUGUGGAGUGAUUUAUCAAAGUACUGUUGUCAGGGUAACAUGACUAGAUGUGCAUUUUCACAAAGCAGAGGAAAGGAGGAAUGUGGCAAAGCUUUGAGUCCUGUAACUGAGAUUGUGUAUGGCAGUGGUUUAAAUGAGUAUAACUUGUAUGGUACAUGUGAAGGUGGCAAUGGCAUCUAUUUUGAUGAAGAAACGAACAAAGUGGCAUUCACACAUCAGAAGUGGCAAAUGAAGAAUAAUCCAUAUCUUUUACAGAAAAUGAAGUUUAUCCAAGACUUCACAAAUGUAGAAGAUCACCUUAGAUUAACACCUCCAUGUCUGAACUACAGUAAUGUUGUCAAGUACCUGAACACUGCUGAAGUUAGGAAACAAUUACACAUACCUGAUAUGGUGCAAAAGUGGGAUAUCUGUAGUGCCGUUGUAGGAAUGGGAUAUAAGCGUAUAUAUUCCACCAUGGAUAAACAAUAUCAGAAGGUCUUGUUAGCCAAGAAAAAGGUAAUGGUAUAUAAUGGAGAUGUAGACAUGGCUUGUAACUUCCUUGGAGAUGAGUGGUUUGUGGAGAGUCUCAAUCAAAAGUUGGUGACAGAAAGAAAAGCUUGGCAUUAUACACCAGAGGGCACCACCAGUACACAGGUUGCAGGAUUUGUGAAACAGUUUGAAAAUUUAGCACUUGUUACUGUCAGGGGAGCAGGUCACAUGGUUCCAACAGACAAACCACAACCAGCACUAAUGAUGAUCACCAACUAUUUACAAGACAAGCCAUUCCAGUAAAUGUGAUUAAGUUCUAGCAUUACAUUCCAGUAUACAGGCCUAGAAGAGAAAUUAGCUCAAUGUGCUCAU